GUAGACCUUCCAUAGUCCCGAAUUUGUCUAUGGAAAGUUAAUUGGAUAGAUUGUGGGGUGCGAAUUUGUCUAUUGAGAGUUAAUUAGAUAGAUUGUGAGGUGCGAAUUUGUCAUGUCUAUUUUUACGAUUCCUGGUUCCAGUCUGAGAUGCGGUGUGAGUUUCAGCUCGCCUGCCUACGUCUUUUGUUUUUCAAGUACACACAAGCGGGCUGCUCAUAGGCAGAGGAACAUCCAAGUCAUUCAAUGUGGAGGGAGGAUAAGAGUAGAGGAUGACCUUUCUGCACUUCUACAGAUAUUACCAAAUGAUGUAUGUGAGAAUCUGCUAAAGCAACCAAAACAAGAUCAACUCUUAGAGGUUGUCUUAGAUUUAGGUCGAUGCCCUGAAGCACGCUUCCUUGGUGAAGAUGGUGGUGUUUCUCUACGGGCUGAAGAGAUAACACGAAAGGACUUGGACGCAGUUCAGGCUUCCAUUGGUGAGUUUGGUGGUGACAAUCGAGCAGGGAUUGAAGGGACUCUGCACAGAAUAUCUGCAAUUAGGAGCAGAAAAGGCAUGAUAGUUGGUUUGACAUGUAGAGUUGGCCGAGCAGUGAAUGGCCAUGUUGACAUGGUCCGUGACCUUUUACCUUAUGGAGAAAGUAUUUUAUUUCUAGGAAGGCCUGGUGUGGGAAAGACUACUGUAAUGCGUGAAAUAGCUCGAGUUCUGGCAGAUGAGUUGCAUAAAAGAGUGGUUAUUGUUGAUACAAGCAACGAAAUUGGAGGGGACGGAGAUAUUCCUCAUUGUGCAAUUGGGAGUGCAAGAAGAAUGCAAGUUCCAGAACCAUCUUUACAGCACAAAGUUAUGAUAGAAGCUGUAGAGAACCAUAUGCCAGAGGUAGUUAUUGUUGAUGAGAUUGGAACAGAAGCAGAGGCACUUGCUUGUCGGACCAUUGCAGAAAGAGGUGUGAUGUUGGUUGGGACAGCACAUGGCGAAAGACUGGAGAAUCUGAUAAAGAACCCCACACUUUGUGAUCUGAUUGGGGGAGUGCAAGCAGUUACAUUGGGGGAUGAUGAAGCUCGGGCAAGGGGAACACAAAAAAGUGUUCUUGAGCGUAAAGCUCCUCCACCUUUUCCUCUUAUGAUUGAAAUGAGGGAGAGGAAUUAUUGGGUUGCUCAUCGGACAGAAAGAAGCGUGGACAUUUUACUUCAUGGUGGGAAGCCCUUAGUUGAGAUCUGAUGUUGACUAGGAGAGCUACUUCCUACUUGAACCAUCCAACUUCCCUAAAGUAAUUGGGUGAUUGUCCAACUGAAUAGUUGCAUUUCAUCUUUUCCUCUACAGAAAACAAAUUGAAGUCAACUUAAUUGUAUGUUGAGCACUUCAAAUCCGUCUCUUAUCUUCCAAUUGUCCUGCAGUGGCACACCUUGCCAAGAAAGAGAGGUAAUCAAUAUAAUAUCAAAUUCAGGAUCAAACUGCUCCUAAAAGGACUUGGCAGCAGUACAUCUCUCAAAGAAGUGGCUUUUAUUUUUCUUGGAAUUAUUUAUUAUUGCUCUGAAAUGCAUCUCUUAUGAUUGUUGGCACUUCACUCUUUUCCUUACCGGUAUUUGUGAAAAAAAGAAACCAUCAUCCACUGAACAACAUGAAAAAACCUACCAAAUUUGUAGCUUGCCUCUGGCUAUUAUCAGAAGAUUUCAGGCUUAAUACAGUUUUCAAGUUUCACAUGGCAUUACUGAAGAAGUAUAAUAAAGAAAUCAAGUGGAAUUAAAAGUCCCUUUAGCAUGGGACAUUCUCUGCAGUUUGCUUU